AUGACGGAGCUGGAGGCGGCCACGGGCAUCGUCAUCGGCGGGUUUGGCCGCUACGCCGGCUCCCAGGGCGGCCGGCAGAGGCAGAACCUGAGCCGGGGGCGCUGCUGGAGCGGGAGCUGCCCGGCUUCCUGCAGACGGAAAAGCGCCGCAGACUCUGCCCGGCGCCCCAGAAACCGCAGAAGGGUUCACACGACCCUGCUGCCCCCUCGGGAGGAGGCGCGGCGCCCGGACCCUGCGGCGGCGGCGGCGGCGGCGCGGAGAGCGCAUGCGCGGGGAGACGGGACGCGCGGAAGGAAACUGCGAGCUCGCGGGCCGGAAGUCGGGUUGCGUGCCGUGCGUGCGCCCGCCCCCACGGACCGGAAGCGAACCCGGGAAAGCGGAAGCGGGGCCGCAGCCCGGCGGACGGCCGUCAUGGAGGGUCUCCCGGCGGAGGAGGGCGAGUCCCCGGCCGCCGCGUGGAGUGGGGACAGCGGCCGCGUGUCGCAGAGCCACAGCAGCGCCUCGGGGCCGUGGGAGGACGAGCCUGCGGACCCGGGCGGAGACCUGCCGCUGCUGCGCCGCGCCGCCGCGGGCCUGGCCGCCGCCCUGCUGCCCGGAGCCGGGGCGGGAGCCGGAGCGGGAGCCGGGGCGGGGGCGCGGCCCGAGGUGGCGGCGCUGGACGCGGGGCUGGACGAGCUGCUGGCGCGCGUGGACGAGUUCGUGGGGCUGCUGGACCUGCUGCGCGGGGACUCGGCGGCCGCCGUCCGGGAGGCCGUGCCCCGCAUCCAGGCGCGCGCGGCCGCCAUGCGCCGGGUGUUCGGCCGCGUGGACCGGCUGGAGGCCUUCGUGCGCCUGGUGGCGGCGGGCGUGGCGCGCCUGGAGGAGCAGGUGGCCCGCGCCGAGGCCGAGCUGGGCGCGUCCCCCGGCGGCGCGCUGCGGCGGCUGCUGCACUCGGUCGGCGUGGCCGCCCUCUUCCCCCGCGCCGCGCCCCCGCCGCCCCCGCCCCCGCCAGCGCCGCGCUACCGGCCCCCCGACCUCUUCCGCGCCGACGACCACUUCCCCGGGGCCGGCGACGAGCCGCAGGGCUGAGCCCAGCCUCACCCGCAGGAGACCCCCGACUCCGGGGUCGGAGCCACACCCGCGGGAGACACCCCCCCAGACUCCCGGGGAUCGGAGCCUCCGUGACAUCCGCGGGGAAGCCCGUCGGGGCCACCGGCCGAGCCACACCCGCGGGAGACACCCCCCCAGA